AUGGGUCUUUUCCCAUGCCGUUGGAUUGCAUUUUUCUUCUUCACAAUCAGCGAACUUCAGUUAGUAUCCUAUGGAGUUCUUUACAAACAACUUAAAGUUAGAAUCCCGGGGGACAUUAUGAUUGGUGCUCUAUUUCCUAUCCACGAACAGCCGACGGUGGUGACAGCUUUCUCCAGACAGUGUGGAAGCAUUCGAGAGCAAUAUGGAAUUCAUCGAAUAGAAGUGCUUAUACGGACUAUUCAGGAGAUUAAUGAAAAUGAGAACAUCCUACCGGGAAUUAAAAUAGGUGUGGAUGCAAGAGAUAGUUGUUGGUAUGGACCUGUUGCUUUGGAGCGGUGUAUGGACUUUAUACGAAAUGCCUUUUUAUACAAGGAAUACUCAGAUUGCAUGAAAAUGAAAAAUGGAUCUAACGAGAAGUGUUUGCCUAAAGGCGUUGAUUCUAGCAAUAUUGAAACUCCUAUUGCUGCGCUCAUUGGACCUGGUUCCAGUGAGAUGACUAAGCAGGUUCAUCAAGUUCUUCAAAUUUUUCAAAUUCCACAAAUUGGAUACUCUGCUACUGCUGCAGAUUUGAGUAAUAGGGCGGAAUAUAAGUACUUCUUGAGAGUUGUACCAUCCGAUAAUCUACAAGUUGAAGUUAUUGCCUCGAUUCUGCAGAAAUAUGGUUGGACCUAUGUAACCCUGCUUAGUUCAAUUGGAAUUUAUGGUGAACGUGGUACAGCCCUUCUGAAAAUUCGCAUGAACGCGGCUGGAAUAUGCUCGGAAACAGAACACAGUAUAGAUAACAAAGAAACGGAUGAAGCCUUCCUAAAGCUUGCUGAUGACAUCUUCAAUCCACAGCGAAAAGCGAAAGUGGUAAUCUGCUUCUGCCAGGGUGAAACCGUUGGGGGCCUGCUGAAGGCAAUGGAUACUCUGAAUCUCCAUGGAAUGGGUUACACUCUCAUAGGAACUGAUGGAUGGUCGGAUAGGCUGGACAUCUUGGGGCCGGUAAUUAACCAAACGACAGGAGAGCAAGCUUACAGUAGAAUUGCACGCGGCAGUUUCUCUAUCAAGAUCCACUCUCCCGAAGUGAAGGACUUUAACGAGUACUUCACAAGUCUAACACCUCAAACUCAUCACUCUAUCAAUCCGUGGUUUACGGAGUUCUGGGAACAGAAAUUCAACUGUCGAAUUAAUUCCACAGCACAUGACAAACGAAGACAAUGCACUGGGCAAGAAAGCAUGAAGGACUUUCCAUUCCACCAAGACAACAAACUCUCUCUCCUCCGUUUGGCUAUUUACGUACUCACCCUGGCACUUCAUCAAGUUCAAGAAAUCGUCUGCGGUGUUGGACGUCCGGGAGUCUGUCCUGGACUCCUGCCAGUGAAUGGAACUCUUCUUUGGCAAGAGCUGUUAAAGGUGACUUAUACAGAUCGGAAUAAUGAUAAAAUCUCCUUUGAUGAAAAUGGGGAUCCACCAGCAAACUACGAUCUCAUGAACUACCAGUUUACGGUAGAUGAGGAUGGAAAAAGCGUCUACAAAUACGUUGAAAUUGGAAAGUGGAAAGAGGGUAGACUGGAAACAAUUGAUCUAGACCACAUUCAGUUUCACAAUGAAUUCGAAAAUGCCUCCGGACCCGUAAAUUCCUAUUGCAGUGCACCUUGUGGACCAUGGGAAGCAAAGAUAGUGAAGAGCAAGUCAAAGGCUUGUUGUUGGAUAUGUCAACCCUGCAAGGCAAAUGAAUGGAAGACGCCGAAUGAGUUAUGUGAACCUUGCGAACUCGGAUUCAAACCAAACAUAAAUAAGACCGGUUGUGAACCGAUCAUUCCCUACUACACCCACUGGACUGAUCCCACAUGCCUAACUGGCAUAACCUUUGCUUGUGUGGGUGGAAUUUUGACAUUUAUCAUACUCAUCAUAUUCAUUAUUCAUCGAGACACCGCGGUGGUAAAAGUCUCCACACGCGAACUCAUGUGGAUUAUUCUGUUGGCCAUGCUGUUGGCUCACGCUUCUGUUUCGACAAUCCUCCUUCGGCCAUCUGUGACCACAUGUGCACUGCAGCGUUCGCUUCCAGCGCUAGCCUUCACGGCCAUAUAUGGAGCUUUGGUCACAAAGACGAAUAGAAUAGCGAGGAUUUUGGAGGGCUCAAAAAGAAUUCUAUUGAAGAAGAAGCGAUUUCUCUCCACUUCUGCACAGUUGGUGAUUACUGGCUAUUAUUACAAAAAUGCUACGGUCAACAGUGAUUACCACGUUGCUUUCUUUACUGGGUCACAUCAGCUACUGGAGCACAUUUCUGCUCACACUGACACCCUGAAAUGCGUUGUCGAGAAAACAGAACUGGAAUUCCACUUCCGACAUACUACUGUCACAGGAUUCCUAUUCAAAGAGAUCUGUUGUUAUCUCUUUAAAGUGCAAGUAUUUGAUUUUUCAUCGGUAGCCUGUGCUACCUACUUUCUCUUUGGUUCUUCUUCUAUGUCUUUUGCCAGUGUAGAUAGAUGUCAUCGUAUCACCCGCGUCUACUUUCCAAACCGCUUCCUUCAUGACAUGAAACACACUUCUCUAAAGAGAUGUAUGUAG